GGAAGAGCGCGGCCAGAGGCGGUGCGGGCGCGCGACGAGCAGACGCCGGGCCGAGGCGAGCUGCGCGCGGGCCACCAUGGCCACGGACGAGCUGGCCAGCAAGCUGAGCCGGCGGCUGCAGAUGGAGGGCGAGGGCGGCGGCGAGGCCCCGGAGCAGCCCGGGCUGAACGGGGCGGCGGCGGCGGCGGCGGGAGCGCCCGACGAGACGGCCGAGGCGCUGGGCAGUGCGGACGAAGAGCUGAGCGCCAAGCUACUGCGGCGUGCCGACCUCAACCAAGGCAUCGGCGAGCCCCAGUCACCCAGCCGCCGCGUCUUCAACCCCUACACUGAGUUCAAGGAGUUCUCCAGGAAGCAGAUCAAGGACAUGGAGAAGAUGUUCAAGGAGUACGAUGCCGGCCGGGAUGGAUUCAUUGACCUGAUGGAGCUAAAGCUCAUGAUGGAGAAACUUGGAGCUCCCCAGACCCACCUGGGCCUGAAAAAUAUGAUCAAGGAGGUGGAUGAAGACUUUGACAGCAAGCUCAGCUUCCGGGAGUUCCUCCUGAUUUUCCGCAAGGCAGCAGCCGGGGAGCUGCAGGAGGACAGCGGGCUGCACGUGCUGGCCCGCCUCUCUGAGAUCGACGUGUCCACCGAGGGUGUCAAGGGGGCCAAGAGCUUCUUUGAGGCCAAGGUCCAGGCCAUGAACGUGUCCAGCCGAUUCGAGGAGGAGAUCAAGGCAGAGCAGGAGGAGAGGAAGAAGCAAGCGGAGGAGAUGAAGCAGCGGAAAGCGGCCUUCAAGGAGCUGCAGUCCACCUUCAAGUAGCGAGGCUGCGCCCCACCAUGUGGCCCCGGCCCUGGCGCCCGGUCUGGCCCGUGAGGGUGGCAAGGGUGGGCAGACCGGAGGCCCAGCUUGAUCCUCGGCUCUGCCCGAAGGGACCAUGCUAAAAAGCUACAGAUGUCUGUGAACAAGCCGGUCGACGGGGUCUCCCAGAGCGGCCUGGCCUCUCCCCGCUCCCUCUGCUGUUCCUGAGGCUGCGACACCAGCUGCCCGGCCAGUCCUGCUCCUUCGCCUCCUGGCUGCCCGCUGCCUGCCCCAGCCGCGCCUUCUCCGGGCUCUAGGGCGCACCCUGCUGGGAGGCUGCCCUCCACACACACUCGUCUCCUCCCUGCACCUCCCCCAUCCACAUCGUCCCCACCCCAGAGGCCAGCUGCCCUUCACCUACAGGCUGCACCGCCCCCACGGCCCUGGGGCCCCUCCCUAGACUGGGCGAGUGACAGAUGGCAAGAAUCGCAGCCCCAUAGAGCUGAUCAGUGGCACCCGGCUCCCCACGCCCAGCACCUGUUCCUGCAGCCCUGCCUCCUCUCUCUGCUGGAAUCAAGGGGGGCACUUCUGUCCUGGCCAAGGGACCCAAGGCCCUGGCCCACCCCGCCCACCCCCCUGUCCCCCAGCUGACAUGGAAACCCCAGCCCUCUGGGCCCCAGCCAGGCAGGGUGAGGGGGCAUCUCUGCCAAUCUACCUCACGGGCCCACACUCUGCCGGCCAUGCCAUGGAUCAUGGGCCGGGAAGGCUCUGGGGGCAGAAACACCACUCCCUGGUCGCCCCCUCACCCCACACCGGCCCACAGCAGCCAGAGGGUCCCGGGAGAAGAGGGGGCAGGGAGGAGGGCUUGGCCCCUUCAUGGGGAAGGAAACCAGCACACCUCCAUUCUCUAGGAGGUGUCCAAGAAGUGCUUUAAAUGGUUUGCACGGACCAGGUGGUUGGGAGCAGGGGGCCUGGCUGGGCUCUUUCACGCCAUCCUUCCCCGAAUGACGUUCACCACCUUGGCACCAGCGACGGGAACCUGUCCCAUCACACCCACCCCCUGAGGGUGCACGGGGACCCCAGCCCCCCCGCCCCGUGCCCCUCCCCAGAUGGGCCGUGGCCAAGCCUGUGCCACCAGCCAGACCCUACACGGCUCCCCAUGUGCGCGCUCACACGUGUGUGUGUCCGUGUGUGUGCGUGUCUGUGUCCGUUGCUGUGUCGUGAAGCUGUGCCCGUCCCCCAGUCCAAACAAGUGAAUGGCCGCCGAGGCCACAGUUAUGCAACUUUCCGUGUGUAUUGUGACAGCGUCACUGCUUUUUAAACUUGAUAAUUCUUUAUUUUAGUAAGAUGCCCCAAGAGUCCACACAACUUCUGUUGGACUUGCAGAGGUUUUAUUUUUUUGGCCUUAGAAUCUGCAGGAAUUAGGAGGUACUGACCCCCGUGCAGCAGCCUUGGCCCUGGAUUGCGUUUGCCUUAGCGGAUAUGUUUAUACAGAUGAAUAUAAAAAGUUCUCUUUC